CCCCUCUCCUUUAAAUAAAGCGCAUGGCUCUUCUGUUCACUCAGAUGACAUGAACCAGUGGGAGGCGAUGGAGUGAUACGAGCAGACGCGCUCGUGCCAGUGUAACAGCUGUGACUUUCUUACAUCUCCAGUACUGUCCAGACACCAAAAUGAAAUGAAUUCAACAUCUGCCGACGACUCAUGCUCUCAGUUUUCCUCUCCCGCGGAGAUGCCUGCAUGUUACAGGGACUUAUGCGGAGGAACAAGUAACUUUGCCAAUAUGCCCUUUUGGACAUUGCCAUUCCACACAGGAGAGUCCUAUGGAAUAUAGUCUGCACUGUCACUCUACUCAGCCGGUGAAAAAUAAACUUUUCGUGUUCUGCAUCAUGCUGUCACUGUGGGUGUACAUGCUGUACUGCUGCGUGGGCUACUGCUCCACCACACCGACCUUCGUGAUGGAGGAAAGGAGCAGAGGGAUACCACCCAGACCUCUCCAGAAACAAGACCAGGAGGUGUUCCCCAAAAGCCGGUCCAGGGACUUAUUAAACAACGAGAGUGAUGCUGACAGCAGAGGAGAUGGCUGGGAGGAAAAUAAGGGCGAUGUUGCUUAUGACGAGGACUCGGGAGCGGCAGGUGCCCUGAACGGGUCCGAGACCAAAAAGUUGCCUCAAGCGAUUAUAAUAGGGGUGAAGAAGGGCGGGACGCGCGCGCUGCUCGAGUUUCUGCGCCUCCAUCCUGAUAUCCGCGCGGUGGGAGCGGAGCCGCACUUUUUUGAUCGCAACUACGAGAAAGGACUCGAGUGGUACAGGGAACUAAUGCCCAAAACUCUGGAGGGUCAGCUGACUAUGGAGAAGACACCAAGCUACUUUGUAACCAAGGAGGUCCCAGGCCGGAUCCAUGCCAUGUCUAAGGACACUAAGCUGAUAGUUGUGGUUAGAGACCCAGUAACCCGGGCGAUCUCGGACUACACGCAGACUCGCUCAAAGAAACCCGACAUCCCGUCCUUCGAGAGCUUGACUUUUAAAAACAUCACAACCAAUGUAAUAGACACCUCGUGGAGCGCGGUGCAGAUCGGCAUGUACGCCAGGCAUCUGGAGCAGUGGCUGCAGUUUUUCCCCAUGAGCCAGUUGUUGUUUGUGAGCGGGGAGCGUCUGAUCAGCGACCCGGCCGGGGAGAUGGCCCGCGUACAGCACUUCUUGGGCCUGAGGAGGGAGGUCACGCACAAACACUUUCACUUUAACCCCGCCAAGGGCUUCCCCUGCCUCAAAAGACCCGAGAGCAACAGCAAACCGCACUGCCUCGGCAAAACUAAAGGCCGCACGCACCCGAACAUCCAUCCUGAUGUGAUUCAAAGACUGCGAGACUUCUACAAGCCAUUUAACAAAAAGUUCUACCACAUGACCGGCCAUGACUUUGGCUGGGACUGAUUUCUUUUUUUUAUUUUCCUUUAAGAUCAUGUUUUGGGAAAUAAUUAAUUGUAAAAAAAAGUAUAGAACUCUAUUUUAUAAUAAUUUAUUGAAAAUAAUAUACUCACUCGGCUGCCUAUCUGUUGUACAUACUGCAAGUUUCUACCUUUUACAUUCCAGUCAAAUCUGUAAGCUAGAUAUUUUGUCUUUUCUAAUGGGAUAAAUUGUUUGACGUAGGAAUUUAACUCUUUCCCCGCUAGUGUUUUAUAAUAUUGCCAGCCACUGCCAGCAUUUUCACAAAAAUUUAAUUGCACCCAGAAUAUUUUGUUGUAUGAAUAUCUGAACAUGCAAUACAAUGAAAAGAGCAGAGUCUCUGCUUUUAAACAACAACAGCAUUCUUCUUUAAUCAACACAACCUGUAGUCGUCAAUUUUAUCCCUUAAAAUUCAUCUUUGAUCACCAAAAUUACAUAUUUAAACAUUUUUUUCCUGUGAAAAAUAUUCUUCAUGCCUUAAAAUAGCUUGAAUGUAACUCUAUACCCUUUCUUCAUUUAGUAUACGUGGAUCUAUGAAUAUGAUAAUUAGCCCCGCCCCCACUUACUCACCCGAGCUCAGAGAUCCACUCGGUCAACUUACUGAGAUAAACGCUGCACAAUUGUAUCUCUCUUUACACCGUCGGACACAUAACGGUAAUUAAUGUGAUUAGCCUUUUGCUUUACUACCUUAUCAAACAGCUUAUAAUGUGUUGCUAAUGUUACACAAAAUGUUCCUGUUCACCAUCUCACCAUUCUGCCUUCUGAAAAUCAGCAUCCUUAGAAACGCUUUGAACAACUCAGAACGUCAGUGGAGAAAGGCUU